AUGACUGACAAUACCAAACAAUCGAAAAGUGAGGAGGAAGAUCAAGAAUUAAAUAGUUUGUUGGAUAGUGCUUUACAAGAUUUUGGCAAAGAGUCAAAUAUUGAAAAAGACAAUGCAGCUGAUCCAAAUACAUCGGAUUUGCAUAAGCAAAUUGAUAAGCAAAGUGAAACAUCUGAAACUAAAUUUGCAGAGACAUGGACGGAAGAUUUUCUUAAACAAACAGCUGAUCAAUUUGAGAAAAAUUUGCAAACCUUAUUACAAAAUGGCGGUAACGAAUUAGAAGCUGCUUUGCAAAAGCUUGGAGAAGCAUCAGCUAAUAAUGUAACAGAUGAAAAGGACAAUGUUAGUACAGAUUUUCAAUCAACUAUUUCACAAGUUUUAAAGGAUUUAACUACAAAUUCUGAAAAUAUACAGAAUGAUGAUUUAGCGGCUAUGCUAGGACGGACAUCUCUCGAUAGCGACACUGGUGAUAUAUUACCAUUUAUGCAAGGAAUGAUGGAACAUCUCUUGUCAAAAGAAAUUCUUUAUCCAUCAUUAAAAGAAUUGUCAGAUAAAUAUCCAGCAUGGCUAGAAGAACACAAAACAACUAUAAAUUCUUCUGAUCUAGAAAGAUAUACAAAACAAUCAGAAUUGAUGAAAAAGGUAUGCAUUGAAUUGGAAGAGGAAAACAAAGAUGAUACAGAAGAUAUUAAAAAACGUCGGUUUGAAUCGAUAUUAAAGCUUAUGACAGAAAUGCAAAAUUAUGGUCAAGCACCAGAAGAUCUUGUUGGUGAACAAUGUUCACUUUUCCAAUUUGACUCUGAAGGAAAUCCUAUUCUGCCGUUACCAUCUGGAGUGGACUCUCAACAAGAUUGCACUAUUAUGUAAAUUUUUUUAAUGUAUUUAAAAUAUUAUUUCGUUGAUCUAUAUUUUGUAAUUAAUUCAGCUAAAUUUA